UGACUGACUGUUGCUUCACUCACGUCCAAGAUGAGCGAAGGCGCCGCGGAUCUGCUGGAGCUAGGCUUCGAAGGUAUCGAUCGCUUCACCGGCAGCAAGCACUACGAUCGCCUUUACCGACACACGCCGCAGCUGAGGCGGCGCUCACAGGCCCGGCGUGACGGAUACGGAAGCCACGACCACCGCGACCCGCGCGCCAGCCACCGCAGCCUUGACACAGACCGCUACCGCUCCACGCCACGCCAGUCUGCCGCCUACGAUCCAGCCGACUACCGGCACAAUCCCAAAGCCAACUAUGCGCCGCGAGGCUUCAACCCCUACGAGGAUGAGGAUGACGACUACGACGACGAGGAAGAGGACCAGCUCGAGCGGCAGCGCAAGGCCUUCACGCGCGCCUACGUCGAAACGGCCGCCUUCAACGACCCGGACGAAGACAGCCCCGCCACACCGAGUGAGGCGUACGGCGGCAGCGCCUAUGCGCGGCGCCCGGGCUCGCGCGCCGACGCAGCGGCGGCGCACCGGCGUGUGUCGGGGGGCGGCCUGAAGCCCGCGGCCGAGUACACGCCGCCGCCCUAUCCCUACGCGCGGCCCGCUCCCGCGCCGUCGCCGCCGCGCCGCGAUCUUGACCUCGUCGAGUUCGAUGCGGCUGACCGCCGCGGCAGCGUCCGCUCCGCCGGCUCCGCCGCCCGCCGCCACCACUACCGCCCCCGCAGCAAGUCUCCGCGCCGUAAAGGCGUCGCCUCCUCAGUGGCGGGCGCACUUGCCGGCGGUUUCUUGGGGACAGAGAUCUCCAAGGGCGACACGCUGACUACAGUCGCGACGGCAGUGCUGGGUGCCAUCAGUGCGCGCGAGGCGGGGCGCCAGUAUGAUCGGAGGAAGGAGGAGAAGCGCGGGCGCCGCGCGAGGUAUGACUAUGAUUACGACCAUGGCUAUGGCUAUGACUACGACUAUGACUAUGACCACGACUACGGCAGGGGGAGGCGGAGCAGCAGAUGAGCGAUCACUUCCCCCCAUUUAUACGUGGAUCCGGACGUCCCGUUCGGAGUGGCUGCUUGACGAUACGUAUUGGCAUACUCUGACUUCACGAACAUACAAUGCUUUACUUGCAAGGGAUUCUCGGACUAAUAGCGAGCAUUCUCGAUAUGAUUUCUGCUCUUCAGCUAUGUGCAUUUUCAGCUUUGGCGUUCGUAGACGUGGGUUUAAUGGAUAUUGUUGAUAAACGAACAACAAACAAACGGCGUUUUAACAACGUCGAAAAGGAUCUACUAUGGUUACAGGGG